ACCAGCCCCCACGUUCCCACCCGAUUAGAAAAUCCCCUCCCUGCUUUCCAACGCCACCCACCGCCGCGCGCCGCCAUCAACGACGCCAAGCGCGCCUUGUUUCCUACUCCAAGAUCCCACGCUACGUAUAAAGAGCACCCCCUCUGCUAGUUGGCAGCCAGGCUAGCUCUCUCGCUCCUUCGUCCUCGCAAGCAUCACACCAGAUCCACCGUAGGAGCAAGGAAGGGAGAUCCACCUAACCCACCAAUGGCGGCCGCUGCUUCCUCCAGCGCGUGGAAGGCGAGGUGGCUCCGCCCCGAGGCGUACCCUAUCUUUGCGGCGACGGGCGUGGCCGUGGGGAUCUGCGUCAUGCAGCUGGUGCGCAACAUCACCACCAACCCCGAGGUCCGGGUGACCAAGGAGAACAGGGCGGCCGGAGUGCUGGACAACCACGACGAGGGCCGCCGCUACGCGCGCCACCCCUUCCGGAGGUUCAUCGACGGCAAGUCCGCCGAGAUCAUGCCCGGCAUCAACAGCUUCUUCACCGCCCCACCAAAGAACUAGACGUCGUUGUCGUCGCCGUCGGAGAGCUCUUUCUUCAACUUGAAGGGUGGAAUCAAUCCCUUCGCGAGAAUUACAUUCUUUUUUCCGCAUGAAUUCAAGUAUUAUUCGCCAUGAUUGAUUGUCAGGCGCUGUACUAUAUUGAUUUUUGUGAUCAUAUAUAAGUAUAAAACUUGAUCUGAAUAAUCCCUAUGUCUUGAACAACUA